CACUUUGUCCGGGGACGGCCCGAGCUGGAGGCUGAUGACGGCUCUCAGACUGCUGUCCCUGCCACAAACACUGUAUCAGCAGUGGAAGGCGGUGUUGCUCGGCCAGGCGCUGUGUGAAGAGAGGGAGCGGUGGAGCGUUCAGACAGCUCAGACUCUGUGUCAUCGACUGUUACACGACACACACAGAGCUCUGGAAAAGAUUUCCGUUCUUCUCCAGCGGUGCGACCAGUCAGUCAGGGAGCAGCUGGAGGUGGUGAGGUCAUUGCGACAGGAGGAGAAGUGCAUCCUGGGAAGCUGUCUGGAGACACUGCAAGGCUCGCGGAGACAGUCGGACGACACGUUGUCAUGCCAACCGGCUGUCGACGCUGUGAGCUGA